AUGGCGCCCAUCGCCAUCACCCCCGAGCCCUCGCGCUCCGCAACACCCCAACUCAAAACGCCGACCACAGCCUGGAGUCCAACAGAAGACAACGUGUCCUCCCUCACCCUCGCAGGCAUCGAGCACGCCCUGCCCUCCAAAAAUGCAUCCAGCGCAGGCCAAGCGCCCCUCGACGCCUCGCUUCUCCAAAUCGAACUCACUCAAUCCCCGCGCGCCGUCCCCGCCCCGGAGAGCCCCGAAGUGGCCGCGCAGAAGACCUGCACCGACCACAUGAUUACCGCGCGCUGGACGCUGGAGCACGGCUGGCAUGCGCCUGAGCUCAAGCCGUACGGCGCCUUUUCCAUCAUGCCGACUGCUUCCGUCUUGCACUAUGCCACCGAGUGCUUUGAGGGCUUGAAGCUGUACCGAGGCUUCGAUGGCAAGUUGCGUUUGUUCCGCAUUUCGCGGAAUUGUCAGCGGAUGCGCAAGUCGGCGGCGAGGAUUGCCCUGCCGGAUUUUGAGCCCAAGGAGUUGGAGAAGUUGAUCAUUCGACUUUGUGCGCAGGACGGGGAGAAGUGGUUGCCCAAGGAGCGGCCGGGUAGCUUCCUGUACGUCCGGCCAACUUGCAUCGCCACAGACGAAGCCCUCGGCGUGCAAAGACCGCAAGAAGCCCUCUUGUACGUCAUCCUCGCCUGCUUCCCCGACAUGACCAAGAGCAAAUCCGCUCCCGCACCGCCAGCCCUCAACGGUGCCUCCAACGGCACCAAGAAGGCGCCUUCCAGCGGCCUCAAACUCCUCGCCUCCACCGAAGACAGCAUCCGCGCCUGGCCCGGCGGCUUCGGCUACGCCAAAGUCGGCGCAAAUUACGGCCCCUCACUCGUGGCACAAGGUGAAGCGCGCGCCCGCGGUUUCGACCAAGUGCUCUGGCUUUUCGGCUCGGAGAGCUACGUCACGGAAGCCGGAGCGAGCAACUUCUUCGUCGUGUGGAGGAACAAGACCACAGGCCGCCUGGAGCUCGUGACUGCGCCGUUGGAGGAGCGCAUCAUCCUCGAAGGCGUGACGAGGGCAUCUGUGCUCGAGCUCACGCGUUCGCGUUUGAGCGAGGCAAUGGGAGACGUCGAGGCGCUCGAUGUGGUGGAGAAGCGCUUCACCAUGGCGGACGUCGUGUCUGCGUAUCGCGAGGGCAGACUCGUCGAGGCUUUUGCCGCUGGCACGGCUUUCUUCAUUGCGCCUGUGAGCUUGAUUCACUUCCGUGGAGAGGACUUGGUUGUGCCGACGGAAGAGGGCGAGAGUGGAGUCUACACUCGUGUUGUCAAGGAGUGGUUGGUGAAUAUCAUGUAUGGUAAGGAGACGCACGAGUGGGGCGUGGUGGUUGAUGAGGUUGCGUGA